UCAAAAACCUCUAGGUAGCUGGUGUCUUUACCUCGCGCCCCCAUAAGACAUGGCAUCCUUGACGACGAUGCACCACGGGCGCCGCUCCAUUCUCCAGCUGGCCCUCCUGCUGCUGGCAGCGUCACCGGCGGCAAUGCUCCCGGCCGGCGGCGGAGCCUGCGAGAGCGAGGAGUUCCCGGCCGGCAGGAGCUACGCGACGUGCGCGGACCUCCCGACCCUCGGCGCCUCGCUGCACUGGACCUACGACGCGGCGACCUCGUCGCUUUCCCUGGCGUUCGCGGCCAAGCCGCCCGGCGCGAGCGGCGCCGGCUGGGUGGCCUGGGGGAUCAACCCCACCGGCGACGGCAUGAAGGGCGCGCAGACGCUCGUCGCCUUCAAGAGCAGCGGCGCAUACGUCGUGAACACGUACAAUCUCACCGGGUACCGCCCGCUCAGCGCGUGGUCCACGCCGAUCGCGUUCGAGGCCGCCGAGCUCGCCGCCGACGAGGGCGCCGACGGGAAGGUGCGGCUCUACGGCACGCUGCAGCUGCCCAAGGGCAUGGAAGCUGUGAACCACAUCUGGCAGGUAGGGUCGAUGGUGGCCAAUGGGGUGCCGGCUAAGCACGCGUUCACGCCGGAGAACCUGGAGGCGAAGGGCAGUCUCGUGCUCACCGGUGCCGGAGCGACGGACGCCGCCCCGGCUCCGAUGACCGGUGGCCCGUCGGGCGAGGAGGCUACUAGCAACUUAGAAACGGAGACCGCUCCCGAGGCCGCGCCGACCCCGGUGGCCGGUGGCCCGUCGACUGAGGAGGCUGCUGGUAACCUGGAGAAGGGGAACGCGCCGUCACCAGCACCGGCGCCGUCCAGCGGGUCGGCAACGGCAACCACCACGUACGCCUUGGCUCCGGUGUUCGUCUUGAUUCUGGCGUUCGCGGGUUUCUUGGUGACUGUAUAAUCUCGUUGCGAUUAAGUUUGUUCAUGGGAGAACGAACUACCUCCGUCACGGUUUGGAAGACACGGUUAAGUUUGCGUGCAUUUUCAUAACACACAAGGUUUAAGGUGCAUUACAUUUAUUUCUAGCAGCUAAUUAGUACUUUGAUAUGCUACUUCUAUGCAUGCGUAGUGUGAAUGCUAUUUUUUAACUCAUUUUACAGUCAAUCAAUAACCACCUAGGUUUUAGAGAAUUUCAAUGCACGUCUUUUAAACCGUGACGGAGGGAGUAUGUAGGAUAGUCUUCUUUUUCUCGAGCGCGGUGCAACCUUUUCAAUUUUUUUUAUUUUAUCUCGGGAUUGAAAUGAAAGAGUUGGUUGUACUCAGUGAGUAAAUUAAUAUAAAAAUGUUUAGUUCACUAAAUUACUCGUUUUUAUAUUAAUUCACAGAGGGAGUAUUUCCUUGAGGGCGUUUCUGUUUCAUGGUCAUUUUGCUUUUCCGUGUUUGUGAAAGUGACUAUUGGAUGAGGUCAAUGCUUCUUGUAUGCAUUUAAUUCUGCACGAACUGAAUAUUAUCAUUAGUGUUCUCUCUUUUCUGCUGGAUGAAUAUUUACCACUUUGUUAGGCCUCUCUCAAUGCUUCACCUUACAUAGGUGUUAAGGCUGUUAUGUUGGUAAAAAAUUUAAUGUGACAAGGUAAUUAAGUGGAGAG